UGCUGGCCCCGGCACAGCCACCCUGGGCACCUCCUGGGGGAGCUGGAGCCCAGGGUCACUGUGUGGGACUUUGACCUUCUGGGUGGCCAUGGCGGCUGGCAGGGAGAAGGGCGCCACGUAACCCCUGAGCAGUGACCCCAGCUCCACCGGUGCCCACACCGUAACUCCCAGUGCCCAUGCGGCCAGGCUGGUGGUUGGCAGAACACCCUGAAAAUGACAAAUCCAGCUGAACCGAGAGCAAUGAGAGAGGGGAAGCUGGCACACAACAGGAUUUGAAGAGCGUGCUCUCCCUACCCCAGUACCCAGGGGACUUCCUGCACCCCGUGGUGUACGCCUGCACCGCAGUCAUGCUGCUGUGCCUGUGUGCCUCCGUGCUCACCUACGUCGUGCACCGGAGCGCCAUCCGCAUCAGCCGCAAGGGCCGGCACGCGCUCCUCAACUUCUGCCUCCAGGCAGCCCUGACCUUCACCGUGUUUGCUGGCGGUAUCAACCGCACCAAGUACCCAGUCCUGUGCCAGGCGGUGGGCAUAGCACUGCACUACUCCACGCUGUCCAGCUCGCUGUGGAUCCUGGUGACCGCCAGGAAUAUCUACAAGCAGGUGACCAGGAAAGCCCCGCCGUGCUCUGGUGCAGAGCGGCCGGAUGCCAAGCAGCCCCUGCUCAGGGAGCUGGGCAGGAAGUGGAACAGCCAGGACGAGAGCUGGCGCUUUGGGUUUUACCUCCUCAGUGGAGGGGUCCCAUUCAUCAUCUGCGGGGUCACGGCGGCCACCAACAUCGGCAAUUACGGGACGGAAGACGCGGAUGCGGCCUACUGCUGGAUGGCCUGGGAACCCAGCCUGGGCGCCUUCUACGGACCUACUGCCUGCAUCACCCUGGUCACCUGCGUGUACUUCCUGGGCACCUACGUACAGUUGCGGCGCCAUCCGGAGCGCAGGUACGAGCUGCGCGGAUGCACGGAGGAGCGGCAACGCCUGGCGAUGCCCGAGGCAGGCCUGGGCCGCGGGGCGCCUGUCACGCCGCCUGCCUGCGAGGCCCCUGCGCCCUCGCGGCUGCAGAACGAGCACUCGUUCAAGGCCCAGCUGCGGGCUGCGGCCUUUACGCUGCUGCUCUUCGAUGCCACGUGGGCCUUUGGGGCGCUGGCCGUGUCCCAGGGCCCCUUCCUGGACAUGGUCUUCAGUUGCCUCUAUGGCGCCUUCUGUGUGACGCUCGGCCUCUUCGUGCUCAUCCACCACUGCGCCAAGCGCGAGGACGUGUGGCGAUGCUGGUGGUCCUGCCGCCCGGCGCAAGGCCCACUCGGCCAGUGUCCCACGCUCGACGCCAACGGGGACGCACUUGGGCCCGCCGCCUGCCUACAGGAUUCCCCGCGACCCGGCCAGCCGCGGGCCUUCACCAACCACUGCAAGGUGACCAACCUGCAGGCUGCGCAGGGCCGCGCCAGCUGCCUGUCGCCGGCCACGCCCUGUUGCGCCGCCAUGCACUGCGAGCAGCUGGCUGAGGCAGAGCCCUGUGAGGACCCUACCUUCGCGCACGGCGCGCACCUGCACCGCUGCCUGCGGGCCGGCCCCGAGCCUCCCUACUUCGGCGGGCACGAGUACGCCUACCAUCUCCGGUCCAGCCUGGACGGCAGCCCCCGCAGCUCCCGCUCGGACAGCGCCCCCAGCUCGCUGGACGGCCCCGGCGCGCCGCACGCGCUGCCUUGCUGUGCCCAGGCCGACCCCUUCGCGGUGGUCGGCCAGGCCGAAGACGGUGAGACCAGCCCUGGAAUCUACGGGUGCGCGCUGCGGCCUGGGUCCCUGGAGCUGCUGCACCGGACACAGUCCCUGCCCCUCGGGAGCCCAGGGCAGAACGGGCCACUCAAGGGUGACACCCGCGCCCCACUGCCCUAUGGCACCGACGGGACAGGCAACAUCCGGACGGGGCCCUGGAGGAACGAGACGACCGUGUAGUCUGGCAAGCAGCAUCCCACGGCCCUGCAGACCCUGGGCCCUGCCCACUCAGGGCCAGAGGCACCCGCUGCUCACAGGCAAUGCUCCCAGCCCAGGGCCGCCCAAGCACGGGGCCUGCAGCAGCCCACCUAUAACCAAGCAGCCUCGCCCACGUAGGCACUUGGGAGCCAGGCCUUGCUCUGGAAGGACCUGGGAAGGAAGGGUCCAGUCACCCUGGAAACGCCCAGACAUGCAGCACCCUGGGGACAGCGGUACUGGGGACAGCUGCUGGGUAUGGGACUUGCAGGCUGCGCAUUAUCACUGCUGUCUGCCCAGGGCGCCAGCUCCAAGACAGAGCC